CGAAAGCUAUGGCGUUCAUACGCGUCAGUUUAAAAGUGUUGUUACAUCUGUUUGGCAAUGAAUGAGUCUCGUGUUCAAGUUGGAGUUAAGAAACUCCCAAUGCAUCUACAGAGUUCUCAAAAUCGUCUGCUUGUUAAAGGUGGCAAAGUGGUCAACGAUGAUAGGAUGUUCGUUGCUGACAUUUACAUUGAAGAUGGUGUUAUCAGACAAGUUGGUAGCCAGCUCUCUAUUCCAGGGGGUGUUAGGGUUAUUGAUGCCUCUGGGAAAUUGGUUAUCCCAGGUGGUGUUGAUCCUCAUACUUGUUUUGAAUCAUCAUGUUUUGGACAGGCCACUUCAGAUGACUUUUACUCUGGUACCAGGGCAGCGCUUGCUGGUGGCACCACUACCAUAAUCAAUUGUAUCGCACCUACUCAGUCUACUUCAAUGUUGGAUAUGUAUGAAAAGUGUCGUCAGUCAGCAGACAUUAAAGCUUGUUGUGAUUAUGCAGUGCACAUUAUUGUGCCGCAAUACGACGCCAAAAUAUCUAAGGAGAUGGAAUUAUUGGUCAAAGAGAAAGGGGUUAAUUCAUUCAGAGUUUUCUUGUCUGACGUAUGCGGUCUGUUGAUGGAUGAUGGUGAUCUCUUCGAAGUUUCUAAAAGGUGUAGGGAUCUUGGUGCAGUUCUUCAAGUCCACGCAGAGAAUGGAAAACUAGUUAAAAUUUUAGAGUCCAAAAUGUAUAACGAUGGCAUAACGGGUCCCGAAGGCUGUCUAUAUGCACACCCAGAGAUGGCCGAGGUUGAAGCUACACAUCGAGCGCUUUCUAUUGCGGAUGCUGCUGGUUGUCCUGUAUAUAUACUUCAGGUGACUAGCCCUAAAGCAGCCCAUCACAUUUGCGAGGCGCGCUGGAGAGGAAACAUUGUUGUGGGUGAAACGUUGGCCGCUGCACUUGGUGCUGAUGGUAAUCAUUACAAGCACAAUUGCUGGCGUCAUGCUGCAGGUUAUGUUUUAUCUCCCCCUCUGAGAGCUAAUCCAAAUACACCUGACGAAUUAAUGCAUUAUGUCGCUACUGGUGUUCUUGAAUGCACUGCCAGUGGUCAUUGUGUUUUUAAGGCUGAACAAAAAGCUAUAGGCAAGGACGACUUCCGCAAAAUUCCUUCUGGAGUCAAUGGAGUAGAGGAUCGGCUGUCACUUGUCUGGGAGAAAGGAGUGAUUUCAGGUAUCAUGGAUCCCUGCAAAUUCGUUGCUGUAACAAGUACGAAUGCUGCUAAAGUCUUCAAUCUUUAUCCACAAAAAGGGCGAAUAGAAGUCGGAAGUGAUGCAGAUUUGGUUAUUUGGGAUGGGGAUGCAACACGUACAAUAUCAGUGAAAACCAACCAUGAGAAUGUCGAUUUCAACAUAUUCGAAGGUGUUCAGUGUCAUGGAGUACCUGUUUUCGUGAUUACUGCUGGUCGUGUUGUCCUAGAGGAUGGGGAACUCAGAGUGUCCCAGGGUGCUGGCCGCUUCAUAUCAGCUUUGCCUUUUUCCCCCUAUAUUUAUGAGCGAACGAAAAGGCUCAAACUGCUGCGCUCGGUAAAACCAAUUAUGCGUGAUUCAUACACCGGCCCAGUAUCCACAGAAUUUACUGUGCCACUUGAAGAUGUUAUCGUGAAAAAUGGAACAGAGAAGGUAUCAGCUGGACCUGAUGGGGAUGGCUUACGUCCUCGGUCACCAACACGUUCAGGUGGUCGAAAUAUGCAAGAAUCCAGUUUUUCUUUGAGUGAUUUGAACUAUGUGGUCUUCAUAAUUGUGGUCCUCAAAAACAGCAAGUCUAGAAAGGUUUUGUGACGAAAUAUGUCAUAAAGGUACAGUUGUCUUCCAGAUCAAUAGUUUUUCUAUUGCCUAUUCGUUCGCAACCUUUAUUUCAACCUAUUUCUUCAUUCGUUUAUUUUUUCUUCCUGUGCUAUGGAAAGGUUUGACAAGUCAAAUUAAAACAAGACAUAAGCAAACAAUAUUGUUUCAACUAGAGCCUAUUCAGGCUUUACUCUAAUAAAAAUAGCUUAGUAUAUAUAAAAUUAAACCAAUCAUGUAGAUUUGUCGGUUGAUGUGAUGUUUCAUAUAACGGUGGAGAUAACCAUACAAAUAAUAAUAAUAAUGAAAUUGAUAAAAGUGUGAUAACGUUGACUAAAGCAUAUGCAAUAUAGAUGAUAAUGAUGAUAAGAACCAGGAUAGCAGCAUGAAAAUGUAGACACUCCAAUAAUCAAAAUAGGUCAAAAGCUUGGAAGUCAAAUUAAGUAGCCGUCGUAUGCGUAGCUCCAAGUCGUUCAGUCUUUCAACAAAUGUUUUCAGAACCCAAGCCUUUGAAUUCAGAUAUAAUUUCACUUUGUUAUUACUUUUCCUCAUGCUUAAUCAUAGGAUUAUUGGUCGUCUUAGCCUUUAGCACUGUCGUAUGAGCUGAAAUUCCACUGAUGCUCAUCAAUUUCGUAACUAUGCGCUCAUAAACUGUUUUUAUUACUGUCAUUAUGUUUGAAUAAUAAUUCUCAAGUUUGAGAAUAUGUCUAAAUUAUAAGCAGCAUUACAGCGACAGAAAAUCUGCCCUGGUAUUCUGUUUCAUAAAUUUCUUUCCUUCCAUACAAGCAGAUGUAGUAUGGACUGACAUUCACAUCAGAAUUUACAGUGUUAAUAUUACCACCCGAAGGAGAAUCCUAACAUUUCGUUGUUUACCUUAGCUUCGUUUGUAAGCUUUGCUGGCUUUUGAGGCAUCAUCAUCAGAUUUCUCAGGUGAGUUAAGCUGACGGUUGAUCAUAGUAUGUUGCACUCUAACCCAAUGUAGGGACUUUAAAUUGUUCGUAUGGUAGUGAAGUUUUGCGCUUUACUUUGGGUCGCAGAAUCGGGUUUAUCUAUCUUUGUUUGGAGACUGAUUAGCAUCUAAAAGUAACCUUGGCCCUGUUAGUAAUCAAGUCACCGAUCUAGUUAGGAGCUGUCCAGUAGGUGAUAUACCGGGUCAGUAGCCAGAUGAUUUGAAUCGCGUUCAAAUUCAAAGAUCCGUUUGCAUUUUUUUAAACACUAAUUACUAAUCGGUAUACAUUCAGGGUGAUAUAACUCAAAGAAAUUUCUGCACAUACAACAUUGUUGAAAUGAACUAUCGUUUCAUUUAUCGAAAUCAGGUUAGGUAAAUGCGAAUAGAUGGCUACUCAUGAGCUCAUGUAAUAAUCUGUCGCGUAAAUUGUUGUAUGAGUGGAUCCUACAACUGGAUAUCUAAAGAAUAACUAGGUGGAAUGAGUCUUAACCAUUGGAAUAGUGUUUAGUAAUGGAGUACCUGGAAUCGCUGAACCCAGCUUCACAUAUAGUUGUUAACCAAGACAGACAUAAAAGUGUAGGACAUCACACACAAUUGCAUCUGAUAAAAGUGCCCAGUUGUAUAAGGAAGAAAAUCAUCAGGAAAGAAGUGAAGAAAGAACAGGAAGAGCGAUAAGACUUUCAACAUACAGAGGAAGAUAACGAGUGAAUGAAAAUAUACUAGUAAAAUCGCUUUCAAUUCAUGUCGUAUGAAGUUGUCAACCAUUAUUUGACUACCUUAUGGACCUGAACUAAGAAGUUUACACAAGUUAAACUAAAUGUCAGCGAAUACCGUGAUUUGAUGCCGUGUUUUUCAAGAAUCCAGUCGCAUUCCAAUCACUGUUGCACUUGAGGGUAGCGAUGACUCGGCAUCCACAAAACAUUUAGCCAUUUCAGUCAGUCGAGUUUCCUAAUAUCAUCGACUGACAUACCACCCUUGACCAGUGGAUUUAUCCCAUCAUACAGUAUGCUGUGCCACUUAGACCUACUUUUUUAAAAAGUAAACUAGGUAAAACUUCAAUACAUGAACAUGACCCUGUCUAUUCUUAUUCAGAAUUAUGCUUGGAGAAAUUUUGUGUGAAUUGAAUUGUUUCGGUUGGGACCGGUGUCAGUGUGUUGCUUCGAUACUUAGUCCCAUUCGUCUACUGCAGGCACUAAAACUGAAAUGGAUACACGUAAAUCUCGCUUUCCUUUACACCAUACUUAUUGAUUAAGUGCACUUUACGUGUACCUACUGGCUUCUUAUUUUGCUUUCAUGUCAAUGUAUUUAGAAAACUGUGAACUAACAAGUUAGAUAUUUGAUUAGCUUAUCAAUAUAGGAGAGUCUAGACGGUAUGGAUGACUGACGAUAUUUAUACCACAAUUUAGUACAUUAGCUUUCGUGGUUAGUUUUUUUCGGUCUUUUAUUUUCCUACAAAGGGUCGGCUUUUGAAAAUUCACGAAAUUAUACGGUGUGUUAUAUAACCAAUUGUUGAAGAAUGUUUCCACUUCAGAGGUUAACAGCAACAGAAUUCGUUUUAAAAACCUCAAAGGGUGCUUCAGAAUUUUACGCUGUGAUUCUCUUGAAUGAGACAAGUGAAACCUUUUUUCGCAGACUGUAGGUGAUACUAAUAUGGGUGUAAAACUUAGGCACUGUGGUAGAAUUUAAUUCCAUAUUAGAUUUGUUUAUUUAAUUUACAACACACAGUGAUCUAGUACUAUUUAUUUCGAGCAUAAAUUAUUGCUCAUAAUCAUACUGCAUGGGGUCGGUCACUGGUGCAGAUAUGUCCACAUCUUACCGUCACUUGGAUCGUAAUGUAACACUUGGUUCUUUGCUUCAUUUUUUCGUCAACUUUUGGUAAUUUUCUAGUCUUUCCUUGCACGUUGGUGUGAUGCGAAGUAACGGAAACCUUUAGGCGAUAAUUCCAGGCACUGCGUUAAUAUUACACAUCUGAUUCCCAGAUUUUCGAAACUAGUUUCGUUCGAGUUUAUGAGUUAAUAAUAUAAUUAAUAUGAAUGGUUUGAAUACAUUUUGAUCAUUGUUUCUUUGUGAAAACAGUUGCUUCAUUGAAUUGCUUGUGGAGUUACAGUAUCUCAUUCACAAGUUUCUAUUGGAGAUAUUCAGUCUCAAUUUUCCUCCAUGAUUGUGUAAAAAAAACUGCUUUUUUUCCAUCCUAGCGGUUUGAUACUAGUGAAUAUAUGCGCAGAAAUGAACUUCGUAAGCGAGGUGUUAGCAUUUAAUGACCAGUAAAUAACAUUUCAGACGUCAUCGUAAAGUUUUACAUGCCAUAUAUUCAGUCGGAAGUUAUGAAGAACUGAACUUAUCAGUCUUUUUAUACCUCGAAAAUUGAUAAACAAUUUGUCAUUUUUCUUUUUAUUUUACCAGGUGCACAAUAUGAUGACAAUCGUCCGGUACGCACAGCCAUUCGUACUAAACAACCCCCAGGAGGAGCGUCUAAUGCUUUAUGGUAGAUAUUUGGGAAGGAACUGUCUUAUGAUGCAAUUUGUAUAAUUAAGGAAUCGGAGGAGAGUUCUAGUAACAACGAAAUAUAUAUAUAUAUAUAUAUAUAUAUAUAUAUAGUUAACCUUGAUUAUGUUCAGUUUUAUUCAACCGAACGAAUAGCCUUGUUGUAUUUGAUGUAUCUGUUUAAUGACUCGAAAAACCCGGUCUUCAACUCAUGGUUUUUCAUUAAGUUGAACAUUAUAUAUUCCCUGGUCAAGAAGUUAUAUUUAAUAAAGUUUUCGCACUGAUU